AUGGUAAUAAUGGGACAUAUGGAUAUUAUUACAAUAAUCUGCAUCGAUGGCUUCAAUGUAUACUUUCCAACCCUCAUACUGGCCGUUUGUUUAGCAACUUAUUUUAACGUUGGAGCAAAAAUAUUGUCCAUAUUAGGAUUUCCUCAGUAUUUAGAAGACGAUGAUUUGGUGAUCGAUUACAUUCUAGAUGGGCAUUUGAUAGUUGUUCGAGAAAUAGAUAGGCGUAAACGUAAAAUACAUAGGAAUAAAAUAUGUUGUAAAUAUAGAGAAACUUCUCAAAUAUAAAGGAAUAUGUCAAAGAAAGUAUGUAUAACAAUACUAUAUACUACUAUAGCAUAAAAUGUACAAUGUUGAUGAUCAAUAAUGAAUUAUUAGGAAUUCCACCAUCUUAGAAAGACACCAUGAAAUCAUGCUUGUUGGAUAAAGCUAAACCCAUUGAUCAAUCUUUUCAUAGUUACAGUACGAAUCAUACUCCUGAAGUAGAAAUGCAGCUGUGAGUACAAGGCCUAAGAACACGUGGUUGCCACCAUGGAAUAUAUUUAUAAUUUUAGGUAAAAAAAAUUAUUUUACGUUUCCCUUAAUAGCAUUGUUAUUCUAAAUUGUAUUUUUUGUAUGUUGAAUUUCAAUGCAUCAAGAUCAAAAUAAUUUCUAUUGUAAAUUAAAUAUUAUUUUUCUUUUGAUAGCAAUU